UCAUGUUCAACAGUCAAACAGGAAGACGUCGCGUGCAGGGACCACCUAAUGGGAUUAUUCGGCAACUUAUUUUAAAAUUUAUUAAUUGUUUCUAGUUUAAGAAAGUCCUACUUCCUCAAAGUGGACAUUUUGGGUUUUUUAAUAAAAACGUGGAAGUUUUUGAAAGAAUUUUUGGACAUGCCGGUGGAGUUUGGCGAGAGACCGGAUAAGAGGAAGGGAGACGACCGGGAGACAGUUGAGCGGAUUUAAAGGAGGAGAUCCUCCCAUACAGCAAACCUGUGGCGCCGUGGACAGAAACACGCGCAGCUUUGAGUCAUUGCCGUGUCUGGAGAUUGUUUUUGUCGCUAACAGCUGCGUCGUUUGGGGAAGUUUUAAUGAGUCGAGGAAUUCUUUUCCGCAAAUGACGUGGAACAGCACGAUGAGCAGUGGCUACAGCAGCUUAGAGGACGACUCUGAAGAGUACUUUUUCACGGCCAGGACCUCUUUCUUCAAAAAACCUUCCGGAAAAGUCACAGAGAUCAAGGAUGUGGAGAAGGAGCGAGAGAUCCGUACUGAGUUCAGCACGGAGGAAAUCAGGCAGAGGAUCACGCAGUACAACGCACUCACCAGAGACUACCUGAAAAUGACGCUGAAUCCUAGCUCUGUGUACACGGGUUUCAUCAAGGUCACGAUAGAUCUGAGGAGGCCGGUGACGGUGCGGGGGGGUCAGAAAGGAGGCGUGACGCAGGAGGCCUUCUAUCUGACCCGAGGAGUGGACAAAACCCUCCACAUCAGCUCCGAGAACACCGUCAAACAGGUGAUCGUGGCUCUGCUGAACAAGUUCAUGGUCGCAGACAACCCAGCGAAGUUCGCCCUGUACAAGCGUUACCACCGAGAGGAGCAGGUGUAUGUGUGUAAGCUGGCGGACGGUGAGAAGCCGUUGUUUCUUCGUCUGGUGGCUGGACCCGACCCCAGCAUGCUCAGCUUCGUCCUGAGAGAGCAGCAGAGCGGAGAAGUGAUGUGGGACGCCUUCUCCAUCCCCGAGCUGCGUAACUUCCUGCAGAUCCUGAAGAAGGAGGAGGCGGAGCAGAGGGAGACGAUUAUCCGGCGUUAUGAGUCGUACCGACAGAGACUGCAGGAGGCCCUGAACGAGCUCAGAGGACCUCCUUAGACCCUUUCACCUCCACCAUGCAGGACUGCUGCUCCUCACUCGUUAGAGGAGAUGCUGUUUCUUUGAUUUUCCUUAGAGGAGAAAUGUUUUCGGUGGCGGGAGGGAUGUGAAGCCGAGGGAGACGAGAGGAUCCAGAUCAAGGGACGAGCUGAGGACAGCGGGGGGACGGCACAUGAAGGACAAAUAAACAGACUGGAUAUAAACCCACCUUCAGACACCAAAGAUUGACUCGUCUGUGCCGUUUUUCACUUCUCCUCCCUCUCCUCUGUCCUCCAUCCUUCCUGCAGCUCCUCUCAUCCUUCUUUCACUUUUUAUUCUGCAAACUUGUGAAAGACUCAACGCCAUCAUUUGGGUUCAAAUUUUUUGUUUUAUUUAAUUUGUUUUAAAUGUUUGUAUAUAUUUUUUCUUAAUUUAUAUGGGUGAAGCUUUUAUAUUUUUAUUUUUCAAAAAGAAAAAAGUCAGUUCRUUCUACAGAGAGAGAACGUUAUUUUUUUGACACAGAGAAUAGAUGCAGAAACAUCAGACAAUUUAAAUUCACUUACUGGUUCAGAAAAUAGUUUUCUUUACCUGACUGGAAGUUGUACUCUGGUGCAGUUUGUUGAAAAGGUUGAGAAAUAUGGAGUCCCAAAUGUGCCAAAAUUCAUUUUUUUAUUUGUGGAAAUGAAAAAAAUAUUGCUAUUCUUAUUAAAAUCAGAGUUAAAUUAGAUUUGGUGGGACACAUAUAAAAAGUAAAGUUCUUUAACUUGUUUUUGUUUUAAAAAUGCAUCAUUUUACAUUUUUAAUAAGUACUCAUACUGUUUAUGCUCUUAUUUUUUAUGUAGUAAAGUUAAACGUUUCAUCAUCAAACUCUUUAAAUAUACAUAAAUAUAUAUAAUUAGUCUGUUUUUUAAUAGAAUAUAUGUUCACUUUAAUGCUUAGGUUAUUUGUCGUGUUAAUUUUGGCACAUUUCUGCCUCCAUAUUUCUGUUUGUUUUGCCUAACACAGAUUAAGGUACAGAGAAACAGAAGUCAGAUUGUAGAUGUGGGUACUGACACAGGAGGAGGUUUUAAAAGGAAAGAUGAACAGAUGCAGAGUGUUUGAGCACAGUUAGUAUAGUCGGGACAAGAGUUAGUUUAAACAAAGUUUGUGUGUUUGWUUGAUGRAGACUGAACUGACCGGACCAGUUUGGUUUUUAAAGGACUCCUCUUUGACCCGGCYAGGUCAGAGGAAGGAGCAAAGAGAAGUUGUUUUUGGUUUCUGGAAGUCGACUGAGCGUUGUAGAGGAAGUAGAAUAGAAACAUUAGAUGGAGGCAGGAAGAAAAUCAGAAGAGGAGAGGUUUUGUUUUUGUAAAACAGUGAAAGAUUGUUAA